CAGAGGUCGUGUUUGCAAGUGUUAAUAUCUGCCUCACACCGCUGUUGUGGAUUACUGUGGAUAUGGAUUAAGUGUUCAAGACCAUGAUAGGUGUUACAGUGUUGAUAGUCUUCCUCGGAUUUCUCACUCCACUGAUUUCCAGUAAAUCCUGUCCUGAACCCACGAGACCCCAUUUAACGCGAUGUGAUAAGUACUUUCGGUGUGUACAACUCCCAUCGGGGAAUUUAGUGUGGAUUCCAAAUCAAUGUGACACUGGCCUAAUUUAUGAGGCUGCUCUCAAAAUGUGUGUUCUCCCAGGAGAUGAUUGGGAGUGUACCCUACCAGGGGAUCAAAGUGCCACUGCAAGUGAUGACAGUAAUGUCUAUGGUGUGAAUAAUUUGGAAUAUUUGAGUGAACAGUUGGGACCGUAUCCGGAGGAAGAUGGAAGUGAAGUGACUAUAUCGCAGGAACCCCAACUUCAGGAUUUUGGUCUAGAAGAUGAGUUCAGUGGAGAUGGUGCUCCAGAAAUUCUUACAGAGAAAAUUGCUGAGGAAAAAGUGGGACUGAUACCAUUGCCAAUAAGUUCAACAACUGACUCUGAACUAACAACGCAUCUACAGAGACUGACACAGUUAAUUGAUAAUUUCCAUAAGAAUAAGACAAUUCCUGAAACUCCUGUCCUCCAUCCGGAUGAUCUGAACUCGUUUCUAGCCCAUCACAAUAUCCAGCAUCAGCCAAAUUCCAACAUUAAUUCAAAUAAACUAAAUCUCCCAGAGAAUGGGAAGAUACAUCCUGAUACUCUGUCACAAAUUCUGGCCCAGCAGAAUCAUCUCCAGGAAACCCAUGGAACAAUGAAGAACCCUCAAAUAAUGAGCAGAGUUAAACAGAAAAUCAUACCAUCUAAAGCGGAUGGGUCAACAAUUCAUUUGAAGUCAGCAGGAGUAUCUCAAAUUCCCUUCCGUCCAGACCGCUACUCAAAUUCCCAAAUUGUAGUAAAUCGACCCGAAGGAGCUGUUCUUUUCAAUGUGGCCAGACCAAAGGAUCCAACCCUUAAUCCUCAACAGAAACCCGUCGAGCCCUAUAUAUCCGAGAACACUCUCAAAACCGUUUUAGAACUUUCCAAGCAACUAGUCUCAAGCAAUCAUCAAGUGGUUCCACCUAUAAUCUACACAAUUCCCAUCCCCUAUCCAACUUCAUCCCAGAUGCACUCUGAAAGUAGAAAAGGGGAGAAAAAUACCACGAAAAUGAAAGAUAAACCAGAAGCUAUAUCUGUGACUGUUAAAGAACCAAUCUCGAGCACUCCAUCUCCACAAUUAAAUUACUAUGUCGAUAGUUAUGGCAUAAAAUACACCCCUCAUGUGGAUUCCUUCCCUUUGUCCUAUUCCCCAGGGAUCAAUUACUAUCCACCCUAUCCUCCUCUCACCUAUUCAGUUCCUUCCUCAUACUCCAAUUACCCUGUAGAUUCGCAAUCAGUUGAAUCAUACAAUAGCCAAGGUAACAUCUAUCAAACUCAUGAUCAACCCUAUCUUUCCCCACCAACGUUUGGAGCUACAUCUCACUAUCAGCUUUACGGUGCACCAAUUGAAUCUGGGGCAGGCGGUCAAACUCAACCUGCUAAUUACAAUUUUGGGAGCAGCAGUGGAAAUAAUCAACAAAUCCAGACUAGCCAUAAUUGGCAUGAUGAUGACAAACGCUUCCAGCAGACACUGCCCGAUGAGGACAGUCAGAGUUAUGAGACUGAAGAUGAAGAUGUUAUUGAGGAUGAGAGUGAGGAUACUAUGGAAAGCAAGGAAUCUAUCAUGGACACGAUAUCGAGUCUCCAGAAGCCUUCAGAACCCCCGCCAGGAUUUACCCAAGUGGCCAAUCAACUGCUGGAUGUCGAAGGCGGGAGAAAUAAAGUUAUCAAUUUGGGGGGAAAUUAUUUCAGCUACGAUACCUACAAGGAUACCAUCCUGCCUCUCCUUAGUGACACGGAUGGUUCCCUGACCAGUAGCUUAGAAAUCCUGUCCUGUUCAAUGGGAGUCCGGCAGCCAAAUGCCACAGAUUGCACACGGUACUUUGUCUGCAAUCCCAAGACAGGAGGACUGCUGUCAUACUCUUGUCCUCCCUAUACGGCUUUCAAUUCACAGUCUAAAAUCUGCGAUGCCAGGACUUUUGCAUCCUGCAAUCCAUCGGCCAUUCAGAACAGAUUUACAAUAAGUGAGAACAAGAGACUCCAGUAUGAGGCCCAGAAGGCACUGGAAGAGGCCAAGAGGGUUCGGGAUGAAGCGAUUAAAGCUCAAAAAUUGGCCGCUUUGAUCAGAUUGCAAACCCAAAAUGCCCUGAACCAGAAAGUUCCCACCCAAAUGACUAAGCCUACGAGGAUAUCAUCAAACAAGGUUCCAGUGCCCACAAGACGCCCCACGGUGGCGGCGUCUUCCGGGGUGAGGGUAAAGAAGAAAAGGUAUCGAUGUGAAGUGGAUGGGGGUGCAGUUCCGGACACCACCUCAAGGGUCAAGUAUGUUGUGUGCUUCAAGGGAUCCAAUGGGCAGUGGAGAAGACACCUCAUGACAUGUUCACAGGGUUUGGUGUUCUGUGUACGAAUGCGUAAAUGUACUUUGCAGUCAAAGUGUCAUAAAUAGUGUAAAAAAACAGCGAAUAAACCAUUGAAAAUAUAUUAGACAAGAAUAAA